AUGAAGAAGGGGAAAAAAGUAGUUGAGAAGAGAGCAACAAGAAGUAAACAAAUUGUUGUUUCUGAUGAGGUCAUGGAGGUGGUGGAUGAUGAGAAACCAAAAUCUUUGGUUGUUGCCAAACCAAAACCUGAAGAAAGGAAACUAAAUCUAAGGCAAACUCCGCAAUUGAUGAUGCGAUUCUUGAGGGGAAUUGCAUCUAAUGAACCACAUGAUAUAAGAAAACAACAAGCCAUCGUGGAGUUAGGCUUUGGAUCUCUUCUGCAACUUGACAUCCCACAAAACGAAAAUCCAUUCCCGUACGAGUUGGUUAGGAAUUUCAACUCGUCCGACCGGUCCUUGCAUCUACCAAAGUCUUCCCUUGAUAUUACUGUAGAGGAUGUAUACCUGGUGUACGGUAUACCUAUUGGAGGAGCUCCGGUCGUGGAAUGGACGGAUGAACAAGAUCCUGAAGUGUUGAGGGUUUUUGCUGAAUUUUGGGCAUACUGGCAAGUGAAGUCUGGAUGCCCAAAAUUGAAAGAAAUGGUUGGAAAACUGAUCAAAGAUGAGACUCCAGUUGAUGAUAACUGGAAGAGAUCUUUCCUAGUGGUUGCAGUUAACACCUGCAUUAAAUCCACUACUAAUUUAUCGCCAAACUUCAGAUUCCUAGCAAGCACUGUUGACUUGGAGCAAGUGAGGAAUCUAAAUUGGUGCCAGUAUGCAUACACCAGCCUUCUUGGGGCAGCUAUGUACUGGAAUGUGGACCGUAGCAGAUGGUUUGCUGGUCCACUACCAUUUCUAAUGGUAUGUUAUUUCGAUCGGGUGCAGAUCAUGGAAGAGUACCCUCCAAGGAACUUCCCCCUAAUUUCUUGCUGGACAAGAGAUAUGAUAAGCAGCAGGGUACGCAAUGACAAUGCUACAGGCUUCGGACAUGGCUUGAUUCUGGACAGAAUUCAACGUCCACCUGAGCUACAACUGUACAGGGAGGAGAGAAUUCAAAAAGCACUCAGUGAACAACCACCACCACUUCUUCUUCAACACCCACAACAACAACAACAGCAACAUGAUGAACAACCAUCGCAGCAACCACUGCAGCAACCACAACAGCAACAUCAACACCAAGAGCCUAACUGGUCCACAAAUGAUGUGUCCAGAGAACAUCAAGGUGCACCAGUGACUCAACUCGGGGAUGACAAAGAUUUGCCAGAGCAACAGGCAGACCCCAGUGAGAAAGCAAAAGUCCCUUCUACAAUUGAGGAAUUCCAUGCUGAAUUCACUAAAACCACUACUGAACUCAGUAGUGUCAUGAACAAGUUCAACGACUUAUUGUCGUUGUCCAGAAAGUUCUUUGACACUACUAUUGAUGUCAAAAAAAGUCUGCCAUUCAAUAUGGCAAAAAUGUGGUCAACAUGCUCUGGAACUGAAAUUCCAGUUACUUUUGAGAAGGGCAACUCUACAGAAGAGCGGCAAGAAGGAAGGAAUACUGAGGAGAUUGGUUCAAUCCUCAGUCAAGAUAAAGAAUUUUUCAGUUCAGACUACUUCACAAUACUAUUUGAGGAAGCAGUACGAAAGGCAACAGAAGGAAAUGAAAGAAAGGAAAUCAAGGAAUCUGAGGAUGUUACAUUUGAUUUGCCACCAUUUUUAACACCUCCGAUCAUGCCUUCCCAGCCUAAUGUAUUUGCUGAUUUGACAUUGAAGCUUGGAAUGGUUUCCGAUUCAAAUCCUCCUCCUCAGGCACACGACUUUGAAGAGGAAAUGAGAUUAGAAGAAAUCUUGGCAAACAAAACUUUGACUGAACGUGAUUUGGAGACAAUUUCAGGGGACAACAAAAAUGAAGCUGAAAAACAACAGCCACCUACAGGAAAAAACUGA